CAAUCUCCCAUAUCCUCAACAAUGUAAUUGCAUAUACACUAUUUUCAUUCAUUCUCAGACACGAAGAUGAUUGGAUUCAUGUGGAGCUGUGAAACAUACUUAUCCACUAGAGAAGCGAACCAUGGCUUGAGAUUAGCGAACUCCGUGAUUAAGCGGUGACUCACGGACGAGCUUCAAGAUAGCAUGGACAUGAGUCACGGUUUCAUUUGUCUAUGAUUUGAGCUUUAUAAAGACGUUUCGGGUCAACCAACGGAAAAAAGGAUCAGAAAUAUCAAAAUCAACAGUCAUGUCGACGUCUAAUCCCACAUUUGGCGCCCCUCUUCUGCCCUACUUCCCCUUCCAAUCCGACUAUCUCAACAUCAACCAUGGCUCCUUUGGAGGAUAUCCUAUUAAAGUUCGGGAUGCCCUGCGAGAGUAUCAGCGGCAAACUGAUGCCAAACCAGACGAUUUCAUCCGAUACAGACUCCCAGGAUUGAUCGACAAAUCUCGCGCUGCGGUUGCGGAGCUGAUUAACGCUGAUGUUGGUAAUGUGGUUCUCAUUCCGAAUGCUACGACAGGAGUGAACACCGUCUUGCGCAACCUGGUAUACAACCCAGGAGACAAGAUCGUGUAUCUGGGCACGACGUAUGGUGCGUGCGAGAAGGCUGUGAUGCAUAUUGUGGACACAUGUAUCCCGGCCGGCGCAGUUGAAGCCAUUAAAGUGGAGGUAGAGUAUCCGGUGACGAGCAAGGAGAUUUUGCGGCGAUUCGAGGAUGCAAUCUCCCAAAAGGGGGUUCGCAUUGCUCUGUUUGAUACUGUCUCAAGCCUACCGGCCCUUCGGUUGCCGUACGAGAACAUGAUCUCUCUGUGCAAAAAGUACCAUGUGCUUAGUCUCAUCGAUGGUGCCCAUGCUGUGGGAGCUAUUGAACUCGACAUGCAACGCCUAGAUCCCGACUUCUUCAUUAGCAAUCUGCACAAAUGGCUCUACACCCCUCGUUCAUGCGCAGUCUUCCAUGUCGCUGCCCGAAGCCAACAUCUGAUCAAGACUUCACUUCCUACAUCUCACGGCUACCGACCCGAAGAACGCCCCGGACGACUAAGAGUUUCCAAUCCUCUUCCGACAAGCUCCAAGACGGGAUUCGUAGAGCUGUUCGGUUAUGUCGGAACAAUGGACUAUACACCAUAUCUAUGUAUCCCUGAAGCCAUCAAAUUCCGAAAGGAAGUAUGUGGUGGCGAGCAAAAACUUUUGCAGUACAUCACCACUUUGGCAAAGCAAGGAGGGAAUCUUGUCGCGAAUAUUCUAGGAACUGAACUUCUCGGUGAUGAAGAUCAGAGACGAUCUCCAAUGGUGAUGGUUCGAUUACCGUUGAAAUUUACCGCCGACGAACUUCAGCAGGGUAAGCAACAUCUACUUCUUGAGGAGAUUGAGCGGACUAUCUCGGAGAAGUAUCGAACAUUUGUCCCAUUGAUCUAUCAUGGAGGCCAUGCAUAUGGCAGAUUGAGUGGGCAAGUCUACCUAACCCUGGAAGACUUUGAGAAAGCUGGGCAGAUUUUGGCUAAAGCCUGCAAAGAGUUUGAGCAAAAGUCUAAGCUUUAGUUCUCUCUUGGUCAUUGACUGAAUAAGGAUAUUGCCAUAUGUCAUAUUGAUGUCUCAAGUAUUAUCCACUGGUUGACGCGAAAAAAGGGCUUCCAAAUGCGAGGUCACAGGUUGUAUCGGACGUGAAAAAAAAAAAAAUAAAUAAAUAAAUAAAUGAAAUGAAUCAUUUCACC